UCACAACACGCUGUCAAGGAAAAAUUCUAAUAAGUCGCACAAAGUUGCUUCCGUACGAAGCAAUGAUUCCGUCUCUCGGUCCGAAAAUCCGAUUCACAUAGCAGUAACCUUCAGCCACGGAGUGAAAAUGGUGCAAUAUUCGCUAAUUGUUCUGUUUGUGGCCUUCUGCGGCGCUCACGGAUUGGGAUACGACCAGCAAGAUUUAAUUCGCUCCGGAAUUUGCUACGAACGCAGAACGGCAUUGUUAUCACAUCUCGGUUCGUUUCUUGAUCCAAAGCGGCAAGUGAGAAUCUUGUCCGAUUUUGAGACUGGUGCAAUGUAUGAGCAGAGCUGGAACUCGUCUUCCUUCAAGCGCUACAGCGAGUGUAAGUUCACAAUCCAGCCAAUUGUUGGCUACGGGGUGUAUCUCACCAUUCGCAAGAUGAACAUGCGGCGAGACGCGAAAGGAAACUGCAUAGACGUUGUGUCGGUGAAGCAAAGCAACGACCACAAGACGCGCUUUUGCUACACGCCAAAGGACGUGCCAAGAAGUUUUUCCGAUGCAACCUACUUAAAGAUAACGAUAAAGCUGGACCAUUCCGCUACGCUACCGGACGUAGACGAUUCACUUCACAUACAAAUGGUGGCAACACAGAAAAGGAUGUGCACGGGCAACAAGAACAAAGAACUGCAGUGUGAACCGUACGUUCCGAACUCGUGCAUACACCGAUCCUUCGUCAACGAUGGAACAAUCAAUUGUCCGAACUGUCACGACGAGCCAAGCUGCGAACAGGAGCCAAUGGAAAUUUUCGUCGUAAACAACAUAAAGGAGAAAAUAGUACUCACCGGAUUCGUGUCCCUUCUCACGACGGCCUUCAUUUUUGGCGCCUGUUUUCUGUGCCUUUACAAGAGCAGACAGUGGGUACCGACGUGCAGCAGCAGCAACAGCAUCAGCAAUGGCAGCCGGGACAAUGUGCCCUGUACGCGCCGUAGCCGAUCGCACCGUGGCGGACGCGGCAAUGUCGUCGCCGGUGUACAUUCGGUUGAACUGCGCGGCUCCUCGAACGAUCUGCGGCCGACGGCACCGGAGGAGAAGGAUCUACCGCCAAGCUAUGAUGCUCUGUUUCCUACCACCGCAGUUGCCUCCAGCACUUCUGCUGGGCCUACGACGGUCUCGACAGCCACCUCGCCCACCAUACCGAAGGCCAGCAUCGAGGAACGGGACGGCGUAGACCCGGCGAAGUAGUAACAUCCUGCCACAUUUGCAGACGUCCGCAUUUCGUUGCACCUGUUGAUGUAUAUAAGCUUUAACAUACAUAUGUUCUGAUAGGAUUAUUUUAUAUUAGUAAGAAAAGCAACAGGUAGACACGUAAAGAUAGUGAAAACGAACCGCAAAACGAAACUGAACGAUCGGUUGUUAGGAGAUAAAGGAAAGCGAAAGGGAGAGAGAGAGAGAGAGAGAUAGUGAGUGUAAUUCCACAAGUAUUCUACCAAAAUUCGCGCAAAUUGUUUUGUCCCAAAAACUGUGUCAAACCAAUCCGGUAUUAUAAUCUAAUCUCUAACUUUCUUCGUUGCGCAUUUAUAAGUCAGCAUUACUUAACCGGCUACACACUCCCUCCGAGUAAGCCAGUGACGUUGAUGGUAUUCGGAAUCUCGAGCUAAUGUUAAUGCAUUGCCAAAACAUACACAGAAACGUUGUUUGUAUUGACGGCGGUUCCGGCAAAACUUGCGCAAAACCGUACUUUAGAUCUAUUUAUUAUCUACGACAAGAUGUGGUUUACGAUUUGAUUACCACGGGGUACAAUUUCGUACUGCCCACUGCUGCUACUACUACUACUACUACUACUAUUGGUCUUCUACGACAUUUUCCUGCGUUGCCUAAAAUAUAUCGUUGAACUAAAGCCUGGUAUGAUGGAGUGUUUUUUUUUGAAAAUAAAAAUACUCACUGAAAAAAAGUGAA